ACCUGGUUGGACAGAGGGAAUGAAUCGUGAGACGGUCAAAAAAGUCCUGACCCCCUUUGUCCGUAUCGCAGAAGACUGGGCCAUUGACUUGAUUUUGGAUGAGUAUUUGGGGAGUGGGGAGGACAGCAUCAAAAACAGGGAUGGAUUCAGAGAGCUCACCGCAGACAUGAUCUUCAUUGUUCCUGCCAUCCAGUUGUCAAAUGAUCACAGAGAUUCUGGUGCACCAGUUUACCAGUACGAGUUACAGCACACUCCAAGCAUACUCUUGGACAAGCGUCCGAGCUUUGUCAAGGUGGACCAUUCAGAUGACCUUUUAUAUGUCUUUGGAAACACCUUCAUGAGAAGUCAUGUCAAGAUAAAAGGCACUUUCACAGAGGAGGAAGAUGAGCUCUCUAGAACAGUCAUGUCCUACUGGGGCAACUUUGCACGCACCGGAUCUCCCAAUGGUGCUGGGUUAACCCACUGGCCUAUGUACGGUGCAGGGGGAGAGUACUUGGAGAUUGGGCUAAAGCAGCAGGUGGGAAACCAUCUAAGGGCCGACCGCUUCACCUUCUGGACAGAGACACUUCCCAAGAAGAUCCAGGAGAAGAAGCAGCGCAGCGAUGAGCUGUAGACGGCUGAUUCAUAAAUGAUGUAGUGUGAUAAUUCAUCAGUGAAACAAUUUUUAUUGUUUGAAGAGGUUAAAAUGUACCCUCUGUAAAAAGUAAACCAAGUGACACAAUUCCACAAAUUGCGCUUAUUCAAACCCCUAACAAUAAGAAUAGUACUGUAGAUGCAGAGUUGUGCAGCGAUUGGGUUCAACUUAGCCCUGCAAAACCAGUGGCAGUUAUUAAGGUGUUGAACAAACUGAAUAUUUCCAUGGGUGAUCAUUUUUUCUGUUUUGAGUUUUAAAUGGACUGAAAAUAAAGAAGUGCUCAAUACAUAAAAUACCUUGACUAUCA